GAAACAGCAGGGAACCGCCGACUAAGCUUUUCCCCCCAAUCUGAUCCUCGCCGAGGAUAUAUAAAUGGGCUCUCUUCCUUGUAACUGUUUCCUCUUUGUCGUCGCCGGCUUAGGGUUUUCGCCUCUCUGACGUCUCUCGAUGGUUAUCUAUCCCUCGGUGGACCCUCUUAGUUUGAGAACCCUUGCCUCGCGAUCGAUCAGAAGCGUUCAUCAGGGAUGUGCUGCCCGUCGCCGUAAAUUGAAUAAGACGGUGGCUUUUCUUCUCUGAUUGUCUUUACUUUAUAAAAGGGAAGAUGCCCAAGAUGAACACACGUGUAUGUAUCAGGUCUAACCACAGAGUUGGUGUUCUCCAACGCUCUGUGAGACACUAUCUUUAGGACUGCUAGAAAGUUAGAUGUGCCAGUUGACUUUUUCUUCAAGCUUCUAGGUUUAGGAUUGUUAAUAGGUAGUAAUGGAAACCAAGAUCGUGAAGGUAUUGGAUAGUAGCGAUAGAGAUGGGUUUGGAAAAAAGAGGAAGCUCUCAGCAAACUACGCUGCAUAUGUUUCUGGAGCCUCAUGCACGGAGCUACCAACGGUGAACGCGUCAACGCCAAAGCUCAGGAAAAGGAGAAAAUUGGACAGUGGAAACAAACUUAGCAUUUAUGAGAAGCACUUCGGCAAGGCUUCGAUCAGAUACUAUUCUUAUUUUAAGAAGACUGGAGUGCCAAAGCGUGUAAUGUUGUAUGAGGACGGUGAGUGGACGGAUUUGCCAGAAGACAUCUUAUGUGGCAUCAGGAAUGAUCUGCAAGAGAAGAAAGCAGCAGUCGAGUUUCAGUGGCGUGAUCAUUGUUUUGUUCUGGAUUUCUUGCACAUGUAUCGACUAGACUUGGAAACUGGACAAAAGAUCCCACUUGCGUGGAUCGACAAUGGAGAUAAAUGCUUUUUCCCUGAGAUCCAUGACGAUGUCGAAACGAAUGACCACUGCUGCCAAAAAUAUCGGGAAGAUCUAGAACACUCUGCUCCACACGAAAUCAGGCUACGGCUUGAGAUCGAUGUUAAUUGUGGGGAUUCGACAAGGCUGGAUCUAAGUGAAUGCAGUGAUGAGUCUAGUAGCAACAUAAACGAGAUUCAAAUCGUUGAGCAACCUGUGAUCGGGAAAUUUGAUGAGACCGCAGUGGAUAGCUGUAGCCGUAAGAUCGGUGAUGCUGUCGAGAAGUGGGAUGAGACCGAGGCUAAUGUGGUCUCUGGGCUCAAGCCUGCUGCUGGGGAGCUCAACACUGGUGCAGUGAAAAAAAUGUUUGCUUUAGGUACUGCUGCUCUUGGACAUGUAGAUGUACUUGAUGUGUUCCGUUCUUCUAGCGAGAUGACCCAGGCUCGUCUAGAGCUUUUCCAGAAACAGGUUGAAAUCACGAGGAAACAUCGAGGGAAUGCAAACGUUAGAUAUGGCUGGCUUCCUGCUAAGAAGGAAGUGUUGCCUACGAUUAUGAUGCAUGGGCUUCGACAGGGUGGGUCGUUCAUUAGGAAGUCCAUGUACGGCGUUGGGAUUCAUCUGACCGAUGCAAGCUGCCCUUAUUUCAGUGCUAGACAUUGUGAUGUUGACGAAAAUGGUGUGCGUCACAUGGUUUUGUGCCGUGUGAUAAUGGGGAAUAUGGAGCUUCUUGGUGGUGAGAAAGCACAGUUCUAUGCUGGAGGGGAAGAGUAUGAUAAUGGAGUUGAUGAUGUCGAGAAUCCAAGGCAUUAUGUAGUCUGGAACAUGAAUAUGAACACACAUGUUUUCCCAGAAUUUGUUGUCAGCUUCAAGCUGUCUACCACCACCAAUGCUGAAGGGAAUUUGGUGGUAGCAGCUACUCAGACUAAGCAUGAUACCUCGGGGCUCACUUUGGAAGGACCGAAGCCUCCUUCCGAUCUAGACUUGAAUCAGGGACAGGGAGGGUUGGGAGGAUAUCCAAGGAGGAGGGUGAGCAGUGCAGGUUCGAGCACUACGAGGCCGAAGUCCCCUUGGAUGCCUUUCCCUACACUGUUUGAUGCCAUCUCGAAUAAAAUUCCUGAGAAAGACAUGGAUCUCAUCAUGGCUGCCUACCAACUUCUUAGGGAGAAGAAGUUGACGAGAGCGGAUUUCGUAAGGAAGCUGAGGUUGAUCGUGGGAGAUCAACUACUGAAAUCCACCAUAACAGCUCUUCAGGGCCACGCAUGUAACAUUUUCACACCCUCCCUCUCCCAAGAAUAUUAUUAGAGAGAGAGAGAGAGAAGGAAGUUUUGCCUUCAAUAUAUUAUUGUAAUGCCUCUUCAUAUUGCAGCAGCCAAAGUCGACGAAUAAGGUGAGGCCUGGAGGGGAGAGCGAAGGCUCUGCCCAGGUGGGUUUUUAAUUAAGUAAGACGAUGACGACAGACAGAGCACCAGCUCUGUGUAAUUGCUAUUUGUACUUUCUCUGUUCCUCAAAAAGGUUUGGAAUACAUUUUUUUUUUUUUGGUUUUUCUUAGGGCUUGAGAAGGAAAUGUGUCGACUUGCUCUGUGUCACAAUCAUAUCAUAUAAUAUACCCCUCUCUCUCUCUCUC